AUGCUCGCCGCCGACGAGAGCGACGAGGCGGUCACGCCCUCGACGACGACCGAUUGGCGCGUGGAGCGGGCUCGGCUGACUCGCCAGCACUCACAGGCUGUGCUUCGUCGGCCGCGUAGAUUUCUGCCGUACUCGGCAGCCAGCGAAUGGGCUCAGCAGUUGGGAUUGUCGACGCGGGAGGAGUGGGACGACUGGCUUGAGCUUGGGGAGGGAUGGUCCAGCUACGUGCCGAGGGACCCCGAGUCGCACUACACAAAGCUUGGCCAGUGGCUCGGCUGGCGCGCAUGGCUAACGGGCGAGGCUUAG